GCAGCCAACACGACACCCGACACUCGCAGCCCGUUUGCGUUCGUCAACGCAAUCUCGUCUCGCAACCCUCGACGGUGUCGCAGCCCUUCAUUCCGUCAACAUCUCUUCAUACUGUCGUUCGCCCUCGAUCAAUGCGCCAACGCCCGCUGUGACCUGCCGUGCACCCCUUGGCCCUGAGCGGCACCGCCCUCCGGCAUGACCGGCCGCUUGCCUCCCGGAGGCUCCUCGAGCGCCCGGAACGACCUCCUCCUCGAUCUCGACAAUGAGCAGCCCGUCUAUAGCGCCGGGCAGCGCUCUGCCCUGACCGACGACGACCUCCUCAACUCUUACGCAUACGACCAGCAUGGUGCGCCAUCGCGCCCUUCGGUGUCAUACGAUGACUUCGUCGGCGCCGGCCAGCCGAGGCAACCCGCCGGACGGCCCCCGCCCGCCGGCCCCUCAGGCUCCGCAGCGCGCCCCGCGGGGCCUUACGGCCCAGAGAUUGGCAGACAAUAUAGCCAGACAUCAGAUCUGGGCAACUACCAGAGAUAUGCCGACGACUUCGAUGACUACCCGGACGACGGCGGGUCGUACUACCCGCAUGGCGGUGCUAUAGCCGACGCUGGUCCGUCAUCUUCGGCCCGGGAGAAUGCGAGGAAACGGAACAGCGUCCUGAGCCUGGGCGGCGGCUUCUUCGGGAGGGUGAAAAACAGGCUGGGGAUGGGUCAGGGAUACUCGGAGAUGGAUCUCCCGCUGACCGAGUCGCGCGCUGAAGGCCGGACAGAGAGUGCCGAGGUGCCCGCGCCGAAGGAGAAGAGGUUCGACAUGGGCAACUUCAAGUUCGGCUUCGGGCGUGCGAAGCCCGAUCCAUCCACCCUCGGCCCCCGGAUCAUCCACCUCAACAACCCGCCUGCGAACGCUGCCAACAAGUACGUGGAUAACCACAUCUCCACGGCCAAGUACAACAUUGCGACAUUUCUUCCCAAGUUCCUCUUCGAACAGUUCUCGAAAUUUGCCAACAUCUUCUUCUUGUUCACUGCUGGUCUGCAGCAGAUCCCCGGCCUCUCGCCCACGAAUCAAUACACCACCAUUGGUCCGCUUAUCGUUGUGCUUCUGGUCUCGGCAGGCAAAGAGCUGGUCGAGGACUACCGAAGAAGAAAAGCCGACAGGGCGCUCAACAUGUCCAAGACCCGGGUCCUGCGCGGCUCGACCUUCACCGAGGCGAGAUGGAUCGACGUUUCUGUGGGGGAUAUUGUGCGCGUCGAGUCGGAGGAACCGUUCCCUGCCGACCUGGUCCUUCUGGCUAGCUCCGAGCCAGAGGGCCUCUGUUACAUCGAGACGGCCAACCUGGAUGGCGAGACCAACCUCAAGAUCAAGCAGGCCCUUCCCGAGACUUCAUCCAUGGUGAGCUCGAUUGAGCUGAGCCGUCUCGGGGGCAGGCUCCGCUCCGAGCAGCCCAACAGCAGCCUAUAUACGUACGAAGCUACUCUAACCAUGCAGGCUGGCGGCGGGGAGAAGGAACUACCUUUGAACCCAGAGCAGCUGCUGCUCCGUGGCGCCACCUUGCGCAAUACGCCCUGGGUUCACGGUGUCGUCGUCUUCACCGGCCACGAGACCAAGUUGAUGCGAAACGCGACGGCAGCACCCAUCAAACGGACCAAGGUUGAAAAGCAGCUCAACAACCUCGUCCUGGUACUGGUGGGCAUGCUGCUCGUGCUGAGCGUCAUCUCUACCGUCGGCGAUCUGAUCAUGCGGAAUGUUAUGGGUGACGCGCUUUCCUACCUCGCGCUAGACCCCCUCGACGGCGCCGCGGCCGUGGCUCGCAUCUUCCUCAAGGACAUGGUCACGUACUGGGUGCUUUUCUCCGCCUUGGUUCCCAUCUCGCUCUUCGUCACGCUUGAACUCAUCAAAUAUUGGCAUGGCAUCUUGAUCAACGACGACCUGGAUAUCUACUAUGACGUCACCGACACGCCUGCCAACUGCCGCACUUCCAGCUUGGUGGAGGAAUUAGGCAUGGUCGAGUACGUCUUCUCGGACAAGACAGGGACCUUGACCUGCAAUCAGAUGGAGUUCAAGGCGUGCUCGAUUGCAGGCGUCAUGUACGCCGAGACGGUCCCCGAGGACCGCGUUCCGACCAUCGAGGACGGCGUGGAGGUUGGCAUCCACUUGUUCAAGCAGCUCAAGCAAAACCUCAACGGCCAUCCGACCGCCCAAGCCAUCCAUCACUUCCUUGCCUUGCUUGCGACCUGCCACACCGUGAUCCCGGAGCAACACGAGUCAGGACGCAUCAAGUACCAGGCCGCUUCCCCAGACGAGGGAGCGCUCGUCGAGGGUGCCGUGCAGCUCGGCUACAGGUUCAUCGCUCGAAAGCCGCGCGCCGUCAUCAUCGAGGUCAACGGCGAGCAGCUCGAGUACGAGCUCCUGGCCGUUUGCGAGUUCAACUCGACGCGCAAGCGCAUGUCGACCAUCUACCGCUGCCCCGAUGGCAAGAUUCGAAUCUACUGCAAGGGCGCAGACACGGUCAUCCUCGAGCGCCUGAACGACAACAACCCGCACGUCGAUGCCACGCUCCGCCACCUCGAGGAAUACGCGUCCGAAGGGCUGCGGACACUCUGCCUGGCUAUGCGCGAGAUUCCCGAGCAGGAAUUCCAGGAGUGGUAUCAGGUCUACGACAAGGCGCAGACCACCGUAGGCGGCACCCGCGCUCAGGAGCUGGACAAGGCUGCCGAGAUCAUUGAGCAUGGCUUCUACCUUCUCGGCGCCACCGCCAUCGAGGAUCGACUGCAAGACGGCGUCCCGGAAACCAUCCACACGCUUCAGGAGGCCGGCAUCAAGGUGUGGGUGCUGACCGGUGACAGACAAGAGACGGCCAUCAACAUCGGCAUGAGUUGCAAGCUUCUGAGCGAGGACAUGAUGCUUCUCAUCGUCAACGAGGACAGCGCUGAAGCGACGCGGGACAACCUCCAGAAGAAGUUGGACGCGAUCCGGCAUCAUGGCGGCGACGUUUCCAUCGAGACGGCGACCCUGGCCCUCGUGAUCGACGGCAAGUCGUUGACGUAUGCUCUAGAGAAAGACAUGGAGAAGCUCUUCCUUGACCUUGCCGUACUGUGCAAGGCCGUCAUCUGUUGCCGUGUCUCGCCAUUACAAAAGGCCAUGGUGGUCAAGCUGGUCAAGAAGUACCAGAAGGAGUCCAUCCUCCUCGCCAUCGGCGAUGGAGCGAACGAUGUCUCCAUGAUUCAGGCAGCGCACAUCGGCAUCGGUAUCAGCGGCGUCGAGGGUCUCCAGGCCGCGCGCAGCGCAGAUAUAUCGAUCGCCCAGUUUCGCUUCCUCCGCAAGCUUCUCCUCGUCCACGGCUCCUGGAGUUACCAUCGCGUGUCCAAGGCGAUUUUGUUUUCCUUCUACAAGAACAUCACCCUUUAUCUCACGCAGUUUUGGUACGUCUUCCAAAACGUCUUCUCCGGCGAGGUCAUCUACGAGUCUUGGACGCUGUCCUUCUACAACGUCUUCUACACCCUCCUCCCUCCGUUCGCCCUGGGUAUUCUGGACCAGUUCGUCUCGGCCCGGCUCCUCGACCGCUAUCCGCAGCUGUACUCUCUCGGCCAGAAGAAUCGGUUCUUCCGGCUGAGGGUGUUUGUCGCGUGGAUCGCCACGGCCGUUUACCAUUCCAUCAUCCUCUACAUUGGCGGCUCGCUCUUUUUCAUCGACGACGGCGUCCAAAGCGACAGCGUUCCCGCCGGCAAAUGGGUCUGGGGUACGGCCAUGUACGGCGCCGUCCUCUUGACCGUCCUCGGCAAGGCGGCGCUCGUGACGAACAACUGGACCAAGUACCACGUCAUCGCCAUCCCCGGCAGCAUGGCCAUCUGGAUCGUGUUCAUCGCCGUGUACGGCACCGUCGCUCCAAAGCUCGGGUUCUCGACCGAGUACUUUAGCGUGGUCCCCCGCCUGUUCACCAGUCCCGCCUUCUGGCUCCAGAUGCCCACUCUUGCCAUCCUCUCCCUGACGCGGGACUUCGCGUGGAAGUUCAGCAAGCGCCUGUGGCGGCCCGAGGCGUACCACCAUGUGCAGGAGAUUCAGAAGUACAAUAUCCAGGAUUACCGGCCUCGGAUGGAGCAAUUUCAAAAGGCUAUCCGCAAGGUCAGGCAGGUGCAGCGCAUGCGCAAGCAGCGCGGGUACGCCUUCUCGCAGGCCGACGAGUCGCAGACCAGGGUGCUGCAGGCGUACGAUACGACGCAGCAUCGCGGCCGGUACGGCGAAAUGGCGAGCUCGAGGCCACAAUGAUGGAUGGGGAUUCAUACCACGUUUGGUUUCUUUUCGGUUGGCGGGGUUUUUCACUUUAAAUGACCUACUUGCUGGUAGUGAUGGAUGGGGAUUGUCACAACCAGGCGGAGUACCAAGGGUUCAUUCAAAGGGGGAAAA